UGUUGGUCAUGAUGUUGGCGACACUGGAGGAGUGUCAAUUCAACAACAAAUUUCAAUAUGAAAACGGGUGACGAGGGAUGCGAGUGAUGAGACGCUACAGUUUGUAAUUAAUAAAUUCCUCGUUGAAGAAUCAAUUCUCACGAGACUCGUACGAUUUACGACGCACUGGAAUAUCGAAGAUGUUGAUCUACGAUGUGCUGCACAAGGAGAAGGUGUAUCACGCUGUCGCCAACGAUCUUCGAGGCCUCGGUGUUAAGUAUCGCUUCAAGAAGAGCAUGCUUAAGAGCGAGAGGGUCGAGGCGUGCAAGGACAUCUCCAAGAAGGUCUUCAAGACCCCGCUGUCUUAUCAAGCCCUGGACAUCGUCAGUCUGUCGUCGGGCGCCAUAGUCCACGUACCCGUGUUCGUGAUUCAAGCCUCGACAUUCCUGGAGGAGCACGUCGCUCAGGAGGGCCUGUUCAGAAAGGCCGGCUCCCAGGCGCGGCAGCGGGAACUGAUGUCCCGUCUGGAUAACGGCGGUGGUUUGGGUAACAAAAAUCACGCGAUUGACAUCGCCAACUGCCUGAAAUCCUUCUUUCGCGACUUGCCGGAGCCGCUGAUCCCGUACGCGUACCACGACCUGUUCGUGCACUGCGCAUUGCUGAAGAGCCAUCGGGUGCAGGGGUUGCUGUCGGCAUGCACGCUGCUACCGCCCUAUCACUUGAACACCCUGGCGUAUUUCAUGGAGUUCUUGAAAAGGGUUUCCAUGUACGAGAAGCAGAACAAGAUGAGCGUUGAGAACCUGGCGAAAGUCAUCGGGCCGAAUAUCAUGCCACUACAAGAGACAUCCAUGUCGGCCGUACAGAAUAGAUUGCAAAUGCAUUUGACUAUUGUCAAGAUUCUGAUUGAAAAUGCAGAAAAUAUUGGUGUCCUACCGUCUCACAUCGCACAAAAUAUUUCUACUGAAACAAGCGGCAGUACGGACAAUGGACUGGACUCGUUUGAGCUACAUAGAAAGCACAAAAAGAAGAAGCAUCGUAGUGGAAGUCUUACACGAAUGUUCAACGGCUUGAAGAAGAUGGUUGGAAAGGGCGCAGAUGAUACAUCUAAUAUUAAUCAUCCGCAGUGUCUCGUACAUACAAUGCAGUUGAAUGUGGCUCCUAACAAAUUUACUAAAAAACGAAAAGUAGCUGAGAGAGAAUAUCCUCCGAGUAUAAAGAAAAAAAGAACAGGCGAUAAAUUAGACAAGUCGAAAAAACUAAGACUGAGUUUAGACAAAUUUGUACCUAAGAAUAAGCAAAAAAACGAUGGUGACUUAUCAGAUUCAUACACGGGUAAUUACAAAAUGUGUGACGAAAGACGUUGGAGUUCAGUAAGCAAUUCUUUUGAUGCACACAAGAUACACGAAUAUAACGACGAAAUGCCAGAUCUAAAAUUAAUGAAAUACAAUGAAUCGUCAAACAAUGAUUGUCGUCAAGAGUAUAAUGAUGUAUUCGUUAAUGCCACUGUGGAUUUAUCAGACAAUGGCGAGCAGGACUUGCUUAUGAAUAAAAGUCGUAGAAGCGACGAACAGUGGCGUAUGAAUGUAAGCACAAGUUCAAAGAAAUUGAAUGCUACGGACGUAAGUGGUAAUAUAAGCUCACUGACACCUGAGGAAAAGACUGAUUCCGAAGAAUUCGAUACAUUUCUUCCUAGUGGUGACAUAGUGUCUUCAUCAAGUGAUCAUUGUGAAGAAGACUAUGUCAGAAUCCCUAAGAGCGAAUACGAGGACAUCAAAAAUCGAGUUUGCGCGAUUGAAUCGCGUAUUUCUCAAGAAUUUGGAUGUAUAUACAAUGAGAAGAAUGAUUUAACUACACAUUCGCUAAAUAAUAUACAGACGGCGUAUGAGAAAACCUUAGAAGAGGCUAGUAUUGAGAAUUCUCGGACAAGUGACUAUCUAGCAAAAAGACUGAGUAAAGAACUAAAGAUCAGAAGAUCGGCAGAACAUAAAAUAAUAAGAUCUCCCAGCGCAAGAAAAAUUGGAUCUAUAAGAAGACGUUCGCAAGAGAAAAUUACAAGCAAACGUAUUAGGAGAGCUGCAUCAUGGCACAAUUCUCCAGAAUUUAACUUACAACAUCACAUUAAAUUUGAAAGACAAGUAAAUGUUUGUCCCAUCGAAAAACAAUCGAUGUAUUCUAAUAGAUACCUGGAGGAGCAAACUCAUUCUGUCGAAAAAUGUAAUGACAACAUUUCUAACAAUGUGAACGAUGAGAUAGCCUGUUUACAUAAUCAAAUUAACACGUUGAUUUCUCGUUCAAACGGACAACACAAGAUUUCAAAUAAUAGUGACUUGAAUCUUUCUGGAUUUAAAGAUCUGCAUUUGAAUAAUACGAUAACCACAUCUGUACGUAGAGCGUCAUCUUUUCAUGGAAAAGAUUUUGUAGAUAACUCAUCCUAUUUCGAUAAGAAGAUUGAAGACUUAAAAAAGGCGAACAGUCACCAGAAUAUAGCCUUAAACAACGAUUGUUCACAAAGAGAUAAGACUGGUUUUGAGGGUUCGGACAAAAUAUCUUGGAAAGAUGCCGAUAAAUAUUUUCAAUCGGUCUCCCGAAAAAAUACAUCUGCUCCACAGACUGGCCGAGCGUCUGUCGCGAAACUCCGAACGCAAAAUGCUGGCAUGGUACUGGCCAAAGCGAGAUUAUUUGACGAGGGCACAACGAAGACAUCCGAGUUUACGUCGAGUAAUGUAUCCAAGAGGAAACAUUGUCGCGACAAUUUUGCCAAUAAACAUUCUCCGAACGUAACUAAAGAAACGGAUGCUGAACAUUGCAAGCAAACGUGCAACAGGCCGCAAAUCUCUCGCAAGAAGUCCAAUAAGGAUUCGAAAAACAAAAAUCGUCACGCGUUAUCUCCAAAUGCCUCGCAGCAAGUUAAAACGCAAGUAAUGGACGCGUCGUCGAAAUCGUUUCAACAAGGGCUGAACGAGCAUUACCGUUCCGUGCGAAAAUUCGACCUGCAAAAUCAGAAACUUUCGAACAAGGAUCCGAUUGUACAUCAAACUUUUGCUAAAGAUAAGGCGAUCAACGUCGCGCACGACGCGAACAUUCAUCAGAAGGAGAACGUCGCGGCAAAAGGAUCGCCGUUGAAAAUGCCUGUCAGUACAACGCUGGAAAAUUCAAAUGUGUCUCCUUACAAAUCAGACAUUAUCAAAACCCCGCAUAUCAAGCGGCCUUUAACGGUGAAAACGCCGAAAAGUACCAAAUUAGUGCGUAGGCCACCAGUUGACACACGUAGAACACCGUUGAAAGCAACAGCACACCUAGGAACCCCAAAACGUCAGAGUCCUAAAAGUAUCUUGAAAACACGAGCUCUCAGUAUGUAUACGUAACAGGAAGUAGGAAUAAGUACUGUAUGUUAAAUUAGUCUCAUAUACAUACAUAUAUAUACAUAUGUUAUUUCAAGAAAACUAUAAUUUUUAUACAUUUUUUUUUUAUAUAUAUAUAAUCGAUAUCUUUUGUGGUGUUUUUAAUAUAUAUUGAAAUACUUAUAUUAGCAGAAUGUAUGAAAGUUGGUAUUACAAAGUAGAAAUAGUACGUCGCAAGCAAAACUGAUAUAGUCUAUAUGUAAGCGUUUAAAAUCACAUUUAAAAAAAAAGUGAUUUAAAGACUUUCCUGCGAAUUACAUAUAUUUAUAUAUUUGAUAUAUUUCCCUCUUUAUAGUUUAGCAAAUUUAUCCCUUUGUUUAAAGGCUAAAACACGGAAAUAUUUGAAAUAUCUUUAAGACUAGUCACUGCGUAUACUUGCGCUCUCAUUUAAAUAUGUAAUCUACAUUGUCAUUCGAUGACAAAUUCAAAUUUACAAUGCAAUAUCCUUGGCCAUUAACAUGUAAUACAAAUCACUAAUCGACAACUUGACUUGUGAAUGUAUCUAUUAUAAUGAGACUAAUUAUAUCGUUAUAAUAUUUUGCGUA